AUGGGGCGAGUGAAGCUACAGAUCAAAAGAAUCGAAAACAACACCAAUCGCCAGGUCACCUAUUCCAAACGCCGCAAUGGCCUCAUCAAAAAGGCAUACGAACUCUCUGUUCUUUGCGAUAUCGAUAUCGCACUCAUCAUGUUCUCUCCUUCCAGCCGCCUCAGCCAUUUCUCCGGCCGCCGCAGAAUCGAAGAUGUUCUUGCUCGUUACAUAAAUUUGCCUGAUCAUGACAGAGGAAGUGUUGUUCAGAAUAAAGAGUUUUUACUUGGAACACUGAAUAAUCUGAAGACAGAGAACGAUAUUGCACUUCAACUUGCCAAUCCUACAUCAAGCAAUUCCAAUGUCGAGGAGCUUCAACAAGAGGUUGCUACGUUGAGACAUGAGCUUCAACUUGCUGAACAGCAGCUUAGGUUAUUCGAACCGGAUCCUUUUUCGUUUACAUCGAAUGGUGAAAUAGAGUCAUGUGAGAAGAAUUUGCUCGACACGUUGGCACGGAUCGCUCAGAGGAAGAAAGAUGUAUUGAAUAGUCAUUUAUCUCCGUAUGAUCCACCGAAUGGUAUUCAGUUAUAUUUGGAUUCACAAGAUGGAAUAGCGUCUUCGUUUGAAAACGAUGUAGCGAAUUGGCUACCAGAAAACGGGCAGAAUCAGAAUCAAAUUUGUGUGGCGGCUGAGUCGUCUUCGAUUCCUCAAAGUGGUCAAUAUCCUGGUACGGUUUAUGAUCAAGUAACACAAGCGGGCAACAUGAAUGUCGGGUCAUGCAACAUUGGUGGGUGCGACAUGGGCAACCCG